UAGAGUUCGGAUCCAAAAGACAAUUUCUCUCAAUCGCUCGAAAAUAAAAUCUCCCAAAUCUCACUCUCCCCAAAUUCUUAAAAAAAAAAAAAAAAAAAAAAAAAAAAAAUUCUUAUUUUCUCAAUAGAUCCUUCAACUUUUCCUAAUUUUCGUUUUCGUCAUUUCUAUUCCGAAAAACCCUAAUUCCUAAUCGAAACCUUAUCGAUUCCGAUCGAAUUAGGUCUCCAAAUUUCAUUUCAAAUCCAAAAAUAUUUGAUUUUAUUUUCUCAACAGAUCCUUCAACUUUCCCUAAUUUUUGUUUUAGCCUUCCUAUUCUGUAAUCGAAACCUUAUCGAUUCCGAUCGAAUUAGGUUUCCAAUUUUCAUUUCAAAUCCUAAAACUUUUAAUUUUAAUUUUUUUCUUAUUUUCUCAACAGAUCCUUCAACUUUUCCUAAUUUUUGUUUUUGCCUUCCUAUUCCCCAAAACCCUAGUUCCGUAAAAUCGAAACCUUAUCGAUCUAGGUUUCCAAUUUUAGGGCGAAAUUUUCGAAUUUUCCAAUGGCAAAUUUUAGGUUUUCGUCUGUUUUAAGGUUAGGGCUUAGUUUCUGUGAUUACAUGUAUGUAUCUAUUCAGAUGCAAAUGAUUUGAAUUUUCAUUUCGAAUACCUAGGGUUUUAGAGAGAAAUUUUCGAUUUUUUUAGGGUUUUGGGUGUUUUAGGGUUAGGGCUUAGUUUCUGUAAUUACGUGUAUGUAUGGAUUCAAAUGCAAACGAUUUGAAUUGUAGAGAAAGUAUACGUUGGGGCGAUGAUUACAAAGUAUAUACACGUAAGCGCCGCCGCAAAACCCUAGAAAAUACUAACACCACCACCAACGUCACCGCCGAUGACGUGGCAGUAAUUCCAUUUAGGGAUUCUUCUCGUAAAGCUGAGGUAGUAGUAGAUGUGAGUAACGAUGAAUGUACACGUGGCAGUGAAUUACGGGACCCAACAAAUGUGGAGAAUCAUAGAGAUGAAACACAAAGUUGCAAUCUUGAAGUGGAGAAUAAUAAUAAUAAUGGGUAUGUUGUUAAGCCGGUUGUUAUUUCAAGAAUUCAAGAUAGCGACGAACAUACACGUGGCAGUGCUAGAGAUGGGGAAUUGCGGGAGGGUUCAUGCAGUAGAGAUGUGGAGAAUGAAACACAGAGUUGCAAUCUUGAAGUGGAGAAUAAUAAUGGUUAUGUCGUUAAGCCGGUUAUUUCAAGAAUUCAAGAUAGGAUUAGGAUAAAUUUAAAAGGUGUGAGGUUUAAGGAUGAGAUUAGAGAGCUUAGUACGAGCUUAGAGAGUGAGCUUGAUCAAGUUAGGAGCUUGGUAAAGGAGGUCGAAGCUAAACAGUUUCAGCUGACGGCAUAUAGAAGUACUAGUAUAAAUGAUGGUAGUGUUACUACGGUGCCUGGUGGUUCUAUUAGCUCUUAUAGUCAUUCCCAGUAUAACAUGGAUAAUGGUGUGAUCAAGAAUAGGUCUUUAGUGCGAAUAAAUUCAGAUGUGCGUUCUGUGGGGCACAUUGGAUCGAGGCCAUUCCAGCGACCUAGUUUUCUGAUUGUGGAAAAUAGUAAUGGUUCCAGUGACUUUAUGGAGAAGGAUAAGAGGAUCCCGAAGGCUAAUCAGUAUUACAGGAAUUCGGAGUUUCUCCUCGGUAAGGAUAGACUGCCGCCUGAAAGCAAUAAAAGAAUGAGGCCUAAUGGGUCUGGGAAGAAACAUAGUGGUGAUUCGGAGAACGGGUUUGGCUUUGGCUUUGAUAAGCAUAGACUUCAGGUGUUUAGGAAUUGUGGCAGUUUGCUUGAGAGGUUAAUGAAACACCAGCAUGGUUGGGUGUUUAAUGAGCCAGUGAACGCGAAAGCUCUUGGGCUGCAUGAUUAUCAUGUCAUCGUUACUCAUCCUAUGGAUUUGGGCACAAUUAAGACUAGGUUAUCUCAGAAUUGGUACAAGUCUCCAAGGGAAUUUGCAGAGGACGUGAGGCUCGUCUUUUAUAAUGCCAUGACUUAUAACCCUAAAGGGCAAGAUGUUCAUGUUAUGGCCGAACAUUUAUCAGAGAUUUUCGAAGAGAGAUGGGCAGUUAUAGAGGCCGAGUAUAAUUCAUAUUGGAGGCACCAAACGUAUCAUGAUGCUGGUACUCCCACUCCCACCUCAAGAAGGACCUCUUUUGCUCCUUCCUUUCUCCACACCCCAGUUGCUUCUCAUUCUCUUGCUCCAAUUGCUCGUCAACUGCAGACUUUGGAUAGAUCUGAGUCAAUGACUAGGCCGGUGAAUCCCAGGAUGAAGACUUCAAAUAUAGUUCAUGUUGCUAGGACCCCAAUUCCUAAGAAACCUAAGGCAAAAGAUCCCAAUAAGAGAGACAUGACGUAUGAGGAAAAGCAGAAACUUAGCACAAAUCUUCAGGGUUUACCUACAGAAAAGCUUGAUGCAAUUGUUCAGAUCAUUAAGAAGAGGAACUCAACACUUACUCAAGACAACGAUGAGAUUGAAGUAGAUAUAGAUAGUGUUGAUGCAGAAACACUCUGGGAGCUUGAUAGGUUUGUAACAAAUUUCAAAAAGAGUUUUAGCAAGUACAAGAGAAAAGCUGAACUUGCUCUUCGAGCCAGGGAAGUAGCUGCUCAGACUGCUCGAAUUGUGAACCUUACGUCAGAGGUUGCUGAUGCACCGAGAGAAAAUGGAACUGGUGAGAAGGAUACAACUCCUGCUACCCUUGCAGAAGGUGGAAGACCGUUGGGUAGUGCAAGUAGGUCUAGCAGUUCAAGCAGUUCCAGCAGCGAUUCAGGCUCAUCCUCUAGCGAUUCUGAUAGCGAUAGUUCUUCAGCAUCUGGAUCAGAGGCGGCACAUUCACCUAGGACAUGAUAAGCUCUUGAUCUUUUGCAGGAAAAUUGAUUAUCAAUGCAUGGGAGCCGACUCCUGUUCAAACACUCGUCUGAAAGACAGUCUUGUGGCUCUUGCAUGAUGGUUUAAUGAGCAUAUGAACUAUUGGCUCUCCUACUUCUCAUAUAGUAGUCAAGCUAUACGCAGAAGGUGGUUAUGGUGGCACUGUGAGAUAUUUAACACCUGUAUGUUGCCGAGAUUGCUUAACCAGUUUGAAUUAAAAUCUUUGUGCUGAAAAUUUAUCCAUUUCAGUGCUCAUUUUCAUGGCAGGAUCAUGCAAGGUCCUGCAGCUGUAACCUGGAUGUACAAAGAGCAUAAUAGGCUGAUGUGUAUUGUUUGUUUGCUCGUAUUUAUUGCAUUGUAUAAACACCAUCAGGAAUGGAAAUGACAGUAAGGGUGUACAUAUUUUCGCAACUUUUGUCUGGCAUAAUCUGGCAGGUUAUGGACUUCAGUAUU